CCCUCACCAUUCUUGGUGUCUGAGCCCCUUGCCGUACGCUCUGCGUCACUCCUCUGUCUCUUGCUGAGUUGCUUCCCUUGCCGUCGGCGUCGGAGGCGGGAGCUUCUCGGCGGGCGGCGGCGCGCGGCGCCGGGCGCGGAUCGGCCGCGGGUGCAUGGUGGAGGCCGCCGCCGGGCGCCGGCCAGGCACCAGCCGUCGGCGGCCUAGCGGCAGCGGAGGGGAGCACCAGCGCCUGGUCGCGCUCGCCGUCGCCGCGCGAGUCGCCAUGGUCACCACCCGGUCUGCGGGGCCAGCGGUGGCGGGAGGAGAUGGAGCGGGAACUGCUGGAACGGGCGCCGGCGCCGCUGGCGGCAGCGGACGAUGCAUGGAGGACUUCUUCGACUGCCUCCUGGGCCUGCUCGGCGCGUUAGGCAUGACAUGGGCUGCGGCGCGGCCCCAGCGGCAGCCACGCCCGCCGCUGCCACGCGGGGUUGGGGCGGGGGCCGUGCCAACCGACGCCCGGCGUUUCGCGGCGGAGCUCAGGGCCACCCCCGGCCGGAUCGCCGGCAAUGGCGCCUGCACCGUCGCGUCACUGUACACGCUGCAGGGCAAGAAGGGCGUCAACCAGGAUGCUAUGAUCGUCUGGGAGAACUUCUGUUCGAGAGAUGAUACCAUCUUUUGUGGUGUGUUUGAUGGUCAUGGACCUUAUGGCCAUUUGGUUGCCAAGAGAGUAAGAGAUCUCCUCCCUCUAAAGUUAGGAGCAGAUUUGGGGACGGAAGAUGGUAGAGUAACAUCCACUGGCAACAUUAAGCUCAACACACAUGAUGUAGCUUCACCAGAACACAAAGACAGAGGAGGUACUGCCAUUUCCUCUGAAACUCAGCAGAAUGGAGAGUAUCCAGAGAUCUUCCCAGCAUUGAGAACUUCAUUCUUGAAGGCAUUCCAUGUAAUGGAUAGGGAUCUCAAAUUACAUAAAAAUAUUGACUGCUUUUUCAGCGGGACUACAGCGGUGGCAGUGAUCAAGCAGGGGCGCAAUCUUAUAAUUGGCAAUUUGGGGGAUUCAAGGGCUGUCUUAGGCACCAGAGAUGAAAAUAACGAGCUUGUUGCAGUUCAAUUGACAGUUGAUCUCAAACCUAACAUUCCAAGUGAAGCACAGAGAAUCAGACAACGCAGGGGCAGAAUAUUUGCACUUCCUGAGGAGCCGGAGGUUGCUCGUGUUUGGCUUCCAAAGUAUAACUCGCCUGGAUUGGCCAUGGCUAGGGCAUUUGGAGACUUCUGUCUGAAAGAUCAUGGUGUAAUUUCUAUGCCUGAUGUUUCCUAUCACCACAUUACAGAAAAAGAUGAAUUUGUUGUGCUGGCUACUGAUGGGGUUUGGGACGUGCUAUCAAAUGAUGAAGUUGUUAGUACUGUCAGCCAAGCCACAUCUCGGGCCUCUGCAGCACGAUUUCUAGUCGAAACAGCUCACCGUGCUUGGCGAACUCGGUUCCCGACAUCUAAAAUCGAUGACUGUGCUGUUGUCUGCCUGUUCCUGAACACAAAUGAAGCAAGCGAAUCUUCGAGUUCCUUGGCCAACAAUUUGGCAGAUGCUGUAGAAGUUAGCAGUGCUCAGCGCUCCACAACUAUCCAGGUGAGCACUGGUGCAUCUAUAGAUGUUACUGCCCUGGUAACAGAUGGAAACGAGGAGUCUGUUGUUGAAACGGUCACAAGGCCGGUCACACUCAUGGAUUUGCCCAAGGAUGGUUGAGGCGCAAAAUAGGGCAUGAUAAGUGAGGUUGCAUGCUGCCUGUGACUGGUAUCUGCUGAACGAUCAAGUAGUUCAGGCACAGAGCGGAGGCACCAUGAACAAACAUGCUGUGCCUGUGAUUGGCAUCUGUUGGAGCGAAGAUAUAGCACGUCGGUGGGUUUCUGCUUGCUAUUUUUUCUGGACGCAAGUGUGACUAGAAUUUGCAGUUUUGCUUUGUGUAAAGUACCGCGUCAAUUUAGCGUGAUUUGCUCCAGUUUUUUGUAAUAAUUUUAUUCAUGUUAUUAUCGGUGCGGGCAAGCGUCGAGGUCAUAGUAUCAUGUAGGAAGGAGCCUACUGAGUUUUUAUGCUUCCUGUAAAUAUAUUCAUCAUUCUAUCUCUGGUGUCUGAUCUA